CAUUUUCCCCUCACAUUGGUGGCACACACUCGCUUUUUUGCCCGAAAUCAGGUCUCGUGGGGUCACGAUCUGCUGUUUUAGAUCUCAGAUGGAACCGCAAGAUUAAAGGAUGCGCCUUUCUCACAGUGGACCGGAGAAACGCAAAGUCCCAUCGUGAGCAGAAAAUUCCACGUGAAGAAUAUUUCAUUACUUUUUUUUGUUUCAGUAUCUAAAUAAAGCUCGUUUUUCACUGCCUUGUCCAAAUUCUCAUGAAUAUAUGCUCCCAUGUAUUUAAAUAAUCACUUGGAUAUUUCAAAAGUUUAGAUUCCAUUAACAUACCAUUAGUAUAAAAACGAGCACGCAUUAAUUUCUCUCUCUCUCUUUCUUGGCCUAAGAGAAGGACGUUAAAUUAGCUUCUGAAGACCGUACUAUUUGGAAAUAUUCACAUACAGCCAUGAGUCUUGCUUGGGCUUUUCUGUUGAUGUAUUUAUCUUCGCAACACAGUUUGGGAUUAAAUGUUAAAAAGGUGGAUGACACAGCACAAACUGAUUUGGCAACUGAAUUGGAAAACGACGGUCACAGUGAGAAUUUUCAGGAGAAUGUCGGUAAUUCUGAAUACCUCGAUGAAGUUGAAGAUUUGGAGGAGGACAACGAUGAAGAGACGGCUAAUGAACUUAGAGAGGCCGCCGGUGAUGGAGAGGACAUUUCGAAGAUCUCGAAAAAUCUCGAAGAAGAUGCACCUUAUGUUAAAAUGGAUGCUAGGCCAUUUUGGCGUUGCAGAAGAAGAUGGUCUGGCUGUUCAUCUCGACGUCGAAGGACAAGUGCCAAGAAGAUAUGGAGCCGCGUGAAAGAACAUGCGAGAAACAUUUUUGGUAGACGACGAAGACGCAGCAAGUGAAGAUUUUUCAGAAUUUAACAAAAGGGCCGUCGAGAACAAGGGCUGGAAUGAAAUGUGUUGCUACAAGAAACUUUUGCAACGUUAGUUGCUGAUUUGUUUUGUUUUAUCGUUCUAGAGCAAAGCUCUUACUCUUUGUUUUAAAUUUUUAUUGCGUUCGGUGCAAACUUUGUCAUGUUGUCGUUGGUUUUAUUUUAAAGUUUUAACUAAAACACUAUUCUUUCAUAUUCAGAACGGCUAUUGAGCUGAUACACAGGAUAUAUGUCAUUAACAUAAUUUUGGAUCAACAUCUGAGAACCUUAUUUGUCCUUUGUUUAAACUAGUCAAAGAAUGCCUUGCCCACCCAAUUCCUUUGUACUAGAAGAGUAAUCUAACUUUAUCCCGUUUGAAUGUGACAGUUUUGGAGCUUUUGUAGGUGGGGAACUUUUGUUUGUUGGUUCAUCAUUUCGUAUGUUUGUUCGCCCAGCACUGUUGUAAAAGGUUGUAAUGUAUUUUAAAUUGAAUCGUUUUUAUUGAGUUUUAAAAUCAGUGAUUAAUUAUAUUUAUGAUAUCAUUUGA